CCGUCUUGCAUCCUUCCGGCUCCGUCGUGGAAGGAGGACUGCGCCUCGUCUUCCUGAAGGUGGGGUUCGGGGAAGGCCAGCCCGCGGUCACGCCGGCUGUGGGGAGGGAAAGUGGGCUCCCCGGGCUAGUGUUUCCGGGUGCUCGGGGCGUGGGUCGAGCGGGGAUCGGACCGGGGGCCAGGAGGGCUUCCGGGAGCGCCGUGGGCGCUCGGCAGGCGGGAGUUGAGGACCAGGCCGGCCGCGCGGCUGAGUGGCCCCGCGGAGGCCUCCCCGCGAGCGCGGCUGUGGGGGUUUCCAUGGUGACAGUAAACAAGCCUCAACUGCCUCAGCUACAACUGCCAAGUCCCCGGGGUUCCACCCUCCUCUAGGUGCUCUGAGGGCCAGCGAGGUUCCGGAUGUGAGUGGGAGCGUGGAGACAAGGAGCCCGAGGUUGAGAACAAAAAGAAGAUGCACCUGGACUUUCCCCGGAGCCCUCUGCGUUUUUAAGGCGUCGGGUGGAGUUGGUUCGUAAGCCGCGUUCCUUACUGAAAAUAGAAGUCACUUCUGCCUUCCCGUGGAAAACUUGUUAUCUUCCAUAAGUGUUUGCUACAGAAGGCAUCUGUGGUGGUUCCUUAAGCUACAAAAAAUUGCCCAAGCUUGUGACAUCAGCCCUGUCAAGUGUUCAUGAUGCUGGGCCCUGAGGGAGGUGAAGGCUAUGUGGUCAAACUCCGAGGCCUACCCUGGUCCUGCUCAAUUGAGGACGUACAAAACUUCCUCUCCGACUGCACAAUUCAUGAUGGGGUCGCAGGUGUUCAUUUCAUUUAUACUAGAGAAGGCAGGCAGAGUGGUGAGGCUUUUGUUGAACUUGAGUCAGAAGAUGAUGUAAAAUUGGCUCUGAAAAAAGACAGGGAAAGCAUGGGACACCGGUAUAUUGAGGUGUUCAAGUCACACAGAACCGAGAUGGAUUGGGUGUUGAAGCACAGUGGUCCAAACAGCGCCGACAGUGCCAAUGAUGGCUUUGUGAGGCUCCGGGGACUCCCAUUUGGAUGCACAAAGGAAGAAAUCGUUCAGUUCUUCUCAGGGUUGGAAAUUGUGCCAAACGGGAUCACAUUACCUGUGGACCCGGAGGGCAAGAUUACAGGGGAGGCCUUCGUUCAGUUUGCCUCACAAGAGUUAGCUGAGAAAGCUCUAGGGAAGCACAAGGAGAGAAUAGGGCACAGGUAUAUUGAAGUGUUCAAGAGCAGUCAGGAGGAAGUUAGGUCAUACUCAGAUCCACCUCUGAAGUUUAUGUCUGUGCAGAGGCCUGGGCCCUAUGACCGGCCUGGCACAGCCCGGAGGUACAUUGGCAUUGUGAAACAGGCAGGCCUGGAUAGGAUGAGGUCUGGUGCCUAUAGUGCAGGCUAUGGGGGCUAUGAAGAAUACAGUGGCCUCAGUGAUGGCUAUGGCUUCACCACUGACCUGUUUGGGAGAGACCUCAGCUACUGUCUCUCAGGAAUGUAUGACCACAGAUACGGAGACAGCGAGUUCACAGUGCAGAGCACCACCGGCCACUGCGUCCACAUGAGAGGGCUGCCCUACAAAGCAACAGAGAAUGACAUCUACAACUUCUUCUCUCCACUCAACCCUGUGAGAGUUCAUAUUGAGAUUGGCCCUGAUGGAAGAGUGACGGGAGAAGCUGAUGUUGAGUUUGCCACCCAUGAAGAAGCAGUGGCAGCUAUGUCGAAGGACAGGGCCAACAUGCAGCACAGAUACAUAGAACUCUUCCUGAAUUCAACAACAGGGGCUAGCAACGGGGCUUAUAGCAGCCAGGUGAUGCAGGGCAUGGGAGUGUCAGCUGCCCAGGCAACUUACAGUGGCCUGGAGAGUCAGUCAGUGAGUGGCUGUUAUGGGGCCGGCUACAGCGGUCAGAACAGCAUGGGUGGAUAUGAUUAGUAUUGUAGGAACAUUUGAGUUGUUUCAAUCAAAAAUUUCACAGGCAGCCAAUAAAGCAGUCAAGAGCAGUUUAUAACUCUAGAGGAAGCUGGGGGACCCACUUUGCACCAUGAGUUUGUGAAAUCUGGAUUAAAAAAUUACCUCUUCAGUGUUUCUCAUGCAAACUUUUCUUCUAGCAUGUAAUAUUGAGUAAACUAAAACUAUUUUCUUCCGCUUUUCUCAAUUAACAUUUUUGGUAGUAUACUUAAGAGUGAUGUUAUCUGAGUUAAGUAGUUUUAAGUAUGUUGAGUGGAUCUUUAAGCACACCACAGUGGACACACUGGGGACAUGUACUUUUCUGGAGAACUCAAAGGUGCUAGAUCCCUGAUGCAAAGAAGCAUUCUCAUGUUCUUCAUUCUAGUUUAUAUUUUCAUUUAAAAUCUUUAGGUUAAGUUUAAGCUUUUUAAAAGUUAGUUUUGAGAAUUGAGACACAAUACUAAUACUGUAGGAAUUGGUGAGGCCUUGACUUAAAGCUUUCUUUGUACUGUGAUUUCCUUUUGGGUGUAUUUUGCUAAGUGAAACUUGUUAAAUUUUUGUUAACUAAAUUUUUUUCUUAAAAUAAAGACUUUUUCACAAUGA